UGAACAUCUUCAUCACUACAAGUAGCUUGUCUACUCUCCUUACUCUACACAAUUGAUCAAAUGGCAUCAUCAGAAGUAUCAAGAGCAUCUUCAGAACUUCCCUCUCUUUCUGUCUUCUCUCACACCGCUGGAACAUCCACCAUCUCCUCUAUGCCUGCUAGUCCCACUCCCCUGCCCGAUUACCCCCCAGCCGAGGGAGACAUCAAGGUGGAUGUCAAGGUAGAUGAUGAGCAUGAAGUUCAGGUGAAGGAGAUAGAAGAGGAAAUGAACGAUGCAGGUGAUCCUCAGGCUGCUGCCCGUGCCGCACGAUUGUCAUUCUUGCUGGACAAAUCGACCAUCUACGCCAAGAUCAUCGGCGAUCGUAUGGAGAGACAACAAAUCGAGAAGCGAAAAGCUGAACAACGAGCCGAAGUACGCAAAGCAAACAAAGAGAAGAAAGUAGAAGGAACUGCCCAAAAGCAGGGUCUGCGAAAUAAGCCUAAGGCUGAGGAAGAGGAUAAGGAAAAAGAUUCAAAGAAACGUAGACGGAAAAAUGAAGUGACUUUACCAGAGAAAAAAGCCAAGCUGGAGGAGAAUGGUGAUGUUGGAGAUGAAAAUGAAAACAAAGAGGAAGUUGAAGUCGUCGCGGAGGCUGAAGGGAACGGCGAGAUCAAGCAGGAGAAUGGAGAUAACGAGGAGGAAGGCUUACAGGAUGAUGAAGUUCAAUAUUCUUUCGCUCAGCCUGCACUGGUCACUGGUGCCAAACUCCGAGAUUAUCAAUUAGCAGGCGUUCAAUGGAUGAUCAGUCUUUACGAAAACGGUCUUAAUGGUAUUUUGGCUGAUGAGAUGGGUUUAGGCAAGACACUUCAAACCAUAUCAUUUCUCGCGCAUCUCCGAUCUAAAGGCACAUGGGGCCCCUUCCUUGUCGUCUGUCCCUUGUCCGUGCUCAACAAUUGGAUCAUGGAAUUCGAAAAGUUCACGCCUGACAUUCCCGUUCUCAUGUACCACGGCCCUCCCGAACAUCGUGCUCAUCUCAGACAAACUCGACUCCAAGCCCCGACCUCUGCAGGCGCCGGAAACUUACGCAAAGGGCGUAAAGGGCGACAAUCUACAGGCGGCUCGGGCAACACAACAGCGACAUUUCCUAUCGUAGUGACGACCUAUGAAAUGUGUAUGAAAGACCGACAAUUCCUCAGCGGCUUCAUGUGGAAAUUCAUCGUUGUGGAUGAAGGUCAUCGAUUGAAGAAUCUGGAUUGUAAACUUAUUCGAGAGCUCAAAUCAUAUACCUCCGCAAACAGAAUGAUCCUCACCGGUACACCAUUGCACAAUAACCUCGCUGAACUCUGGUCACUUCUCAAUUUCAUUCUCCCAGACAUAUUCGAUGAUUUGGAUAGUUUUCAACAAUGGUUCAAUUUUGACGAUAUGAAUGCCAAUGGUAACGACUCUGAGGCGGGUUUGUUGAACAAAUCUCAUGUCGUCGCUUCUCUUCACGCCAUCUUGAAACCUUUCCUUCUGCGACGACUCAAGAUGGACGUGGAGAAGGAGCUUCCCCCAAAGAAAGAAUAUCUACUCUACGCCCCAUUGACCUUGCAGCAGAAGGAAAUAUAUCAAGCUAUUGUGAAUCGACAAAUUCGGCAAUUUUUGGUUGACAAGAAGGUGAAAGAUGAGGGAGAAGACCCCGAAGAACCGGAAAUCGAAGAAGUGACAUUGAGCAAUGGAAGAAGGAAGAAAGACCGUAUCAAUUACCAUAUCGAGGAAAAUGAUUCGAAGUACAUUCGAGACUUAGAACGUGGUGUCUUAACAGAGCCGGCCGGAGUCAUGGAAAAGACACCUGCUCAAGUUGGGAGAGAUUGGGCCGUCAAACAAGCUACUAAACACGUCAACAAUAUGCGGUUGCAAAACCUCGUCAUGCAACUGCGUAAAAUCUCAUCACAUCCUUUCUUGUUCGAUUGGCCUGUGGACGAUAACAACGAGUUGGUCGUGAAUGAAGAUUUGGUCAAUGCGUCGGGUAAAAUGUUGUUACUCAAUCGUCUACUCGAUGAGCUCUUCAAGACAGGCCACAAAGUGUUGUUGUUCUCCCAAUUCACCACCAUGCUCGAUGUCAUUGAAGAUUGGGCGACUCUUUAUAAAGGAUGGGAAGUGUGUCGGAUAGACGGUAGUACUUCGCAACAGUCACGAAGGGAACAGAUGGAGGCGUUUAAUAAUGGUGGAGAUGAAGGGUGCAAAUUGUUCCUGCUCAGUACCAGAGCUGGAGGAUUAGGUGUGAAUUUGGUUGCUGCUGAUACUGUCAUCUUCUUCGAUCAAGAUUGGAAUCCUCAGAUGGAUCUACAAGCUCAAGAUCGAGCACAUCGUAUCGGUCAAACUCGACCCGUACUCAUAUUCCGUCUAGUCUCCGCCGGAACGAUCGAAACGAAGAUUCUCCAAAAAGCAGGAAGUAAGCGAAAACUCGAAGCGCUCGUCAUUUCUCAAGGUAAAUUCGGUCGUGUGGUAGAUGAGAAUGGUCGAGUUUUACUCGGUCGGGCGAAGAACAAGACGGAAAGUGUGUCAGAUAUGGCCAAAGCUCUUUUGGCCUUGGAAGGGGAGGAAAUAAACGUUGCUUCAGCGGAUGAUAAGAUCAUCUCGGAUGAAGAUUUAGAUAUAUUGUUGGAUAGAAGUGCGGCGGCUUUCGCUAGGGAGAAAGGAUGGUCUGCAGGGUUAGGCCAAGGUGAUAAACGUGCUGAGCAGAUCAAGAAAGGAGAAAGGACGGCGUUCGAGGUAUUCGUUCCUGCGAAAGACGACGCGGCGGAUGGAUUGGCUCAGAUGUUUGGGGGUGAUGAAGAACAAGAAGAGCAGUGA